CAACCUUAACAGAAUAAUGUACAAGCAUCCUAUAGCCAGUUCUCAAAAUCCAAAGCACAAUUUCUCAUGUCAUCACACCAUCUGGUGGAGUAACUAUCAACACUUUCAGUGUCCUUAAAAAGGAGUUUUUUUGGCGGUGAAGAAACUGUUUGGGCAUUGAAUUUGAACGAAAGAAGUUCAAUAAAGAGUUAAAACAAGAAUGAAAUUAACCCCAAAAGAAGUGGAGAAGCUUGGCCUUCAUAAUGCAGGGUACCUUGCUCAGAAGCGUCUGGCUCGCGGGCUUAGGCUCAAUUAUACUGAAGCUGUUGCUCUCAUUGCUACUCAGAUUCUCGAGUUUGUUCGUGAUGGUAACUGGAGUGUGGCGGAAUUGAUGGACAUCGGUCCACGACUUCUGGGAUGGAGGCAAGUUCUUCCAGCUGUUCCACAUCUAUUGGAUUCUGUUCAGGUUGAAGGGACAUUUCCUGAUGGGACGAAGUUAAUCACCGUUCACAAUGUGGUGAAUUGUGAAAAUGGAGACCUUCACCUUGCAUUAUAUGGUUCUUUUCUACCUGUGCCUUCCCCUGACAAAUUUCUCGAAAUGGAAGAUAAAAUGGUUCCUGGUGAUUUGAUCUUCAAAGAUGGGAUUAUUAGCCUUAAUUUAGGCAGGAAAGCAGUAAGACUCAAUGUCACUAACAGAGGAGACAGGCCAGUUCAGGUAGGAAGCCAUUAUCACUUUAUCGAGGUAAAUCCUUACAUGGUUUUCGAUCGAAGGAGAGCAUAUGGUAUGCGGCUAAAUAUACGAGCAGGAACAGCUACAAGAUUUGAGCCCGGAGAAAGUAAACCAGUUGUGCUAGUUAGCAUUGGUGGUAACAAAGUGAUCAGAGGAGGAAACGGAAUUGUUGAUGGCCCUGUUGACUACAACAAUAUCGAAACGGUGAUGGAAACCAUAAGGAUUGAAGGUUAUGGGAAUACGGAAGAUGCGGAUGCUAGUGAAGGCUUGACUGGAGAAGAUUCUGAUUUUACCACAACAGUUUCUCCUGAGGCAUAUGCUAACAUGUAUGGCCCUACUACCGGUGACAAAAUCCGGCUUGGUGACACAAAUUUGUAUGCCGAAAUAGAACAGGAUUUUGCCAUAUAUGGUGAUGAAUGCGUAUUUGGUGGCGGAAAAGUUAUAAGGGAUGGCAUGGGACAAUCUUGUGGGCAUUUACCAGAUAAAUCUUUAGACAUUGUUAUAACAAAUGCUGUAAUCAUCGACUACACUGGUAUAUUUAAGGCAGAUAUUGGUGUUAAAAAUGGCUGUAUUGUUGGACUUGGGAAAGCAGGCAACCCAGAUACCAUGGAUGGUGUAUCUGAGAACAUGACCAUCGGUAUUAACACCGAGGUUAUUGCCGGAGAAGGAUUGAUCGUAACUGCAGGGGCUAUUGACUGUCAUGUGCAUUUCAUAUGUCCUCAGUUGGUUCAUGAAGCUAUUUCAAGUGGCAUCACAACAUUAGUUGGAGGUGGGACCGGACCAGCUGAAGGAACACGUGCAACUACUUGUACGCCAGCUCCGUCGCAAAUGAAAAUGAUGCUGCAGUCCACUGAUGACUUCCCUCUAAAUUUUGGCUUCACAGGGAAGGGAAAUGGUUCUAAACCUGAAGAAAUACAUGAAAUAAUCAAAGCCGGAGCAAUGGGACUGAAACUGCAUGAGGAUUGGGGAACUACACCUGCUGCAAUAGACAGUUGUUUGGCUGUUGCAGAACUAUAUGAUAUCCAAGUUAAUAUUCAUACUGACACCUUGAACGAAUCUGGAUUUGUGGAACAAACAAUUAAUGCAUUUAAAGGAAGAACUAUUCACACUUAUCACAGUGAAGGUGCCGGUGGUGGUCAUGCUCCAGAUAUCAUCAAAGUAUGUGGCGUUAAAAACGUCCUCCCUUCGUCAACAAACCCGACUCGCCCUUAUACUUCCAAUACUAUAGAUGAACAUCUUGACAUGCUGAUGGUUUGCCAUCACCUCAGCAAGGAUAUUCCUGAAGAUGUAGCAUUUGCAGAAUCAAGGAUUAGGGCGGAAACCAUUGCUGCCGAAGACAUAUUGCAUGACACAGGGGCAAUCAGCAUUAUAUCUUCAGAUUCACAGGCGAUGGGUCGCAUUGGCGAGGUGAUAUGCAGAACUUGGCAAACCGCCCACAAGAUGAAAUCACAAAGGGGACCACUUGGUCCUGCAGACUCAGACAACGACAAUCUAAGAAUCAAACGUUAUAUAGCAAAAUACACCAUAAAUGCAGCCAUUGCUAACGGGAUUGCAGAAUUUGUCGGUUCGGUUGAGGUGGGAAAGUUGGCUGAUCUUGUUUUAUGGAAGCCAAGCUUUUUUGGGGCAAAACCUGAAAUGGUGAUCAAAGGUGGUGAAGUUACUUGGGCUAAUAUGGGAGAUGCUAAUGCAAGCAUUCCGACACCUGAACCGGUGUUGUCAAGGCCAAUGUUUGGAGCAUUCGGCAAGGCUGCAAGUGCUAACUCCAUUGCAUUCGUCAGCAAGGCUGCUUUAGAUCGCGGAGUCAAAGAGUCAUAUGGACUGCAGAAGAGGGUAGAAGCUGUUGGUAAUACCCGAAAUCUAACCAAGCUCGACAUGAAGCUCAAUGAUGCUCUCCCAAAUAUCGAAGUAGAUCCCGAAACGUAUAUCGUGAAAGCCGAUGGCGAGGUUCUCACCUGUGAUGCUGCAACAACAGUUCCCUUGUCUCGGAACUAUUUCCUCUUCUAGUCUCAGUCGGUAAUGCUCUAAAACUUUCACCGUGUAUUUUUGCUUUUUGUUUUUAAACGUCGUAUUGCACCAUAGAAAAGGAAUGUUACAAUCGUCGUGAACUGUGUAUCAUGAGAGCCAACGGUGAGGUUCUCGCCUGUGACGCUGCAACUAUGGUUCCCACGUGUCAGAACUAUUUCCUCUUCUAGCCUCUGUCAGUAAUGCUCUAAACUUUCCCCAAUACGUUUUCGUUUUAAAAACAUAAUUCAGCAUCAUAGAUUCGGAAUGUUACAAUUUUAAAGAACUAAAAUAUUUCACUAA